GAUGAGGUCGGUCAGUUCUCCUGUGAAAGCUUGUCUCAGGUCCACUGGGUCUCUUUUCUGGACGGACGCCAACGAGUGGUGCUGUUUACAGAGGACGUCGCCGUGGUGACGAAGGCCCGUCAGGCUGAGGAGCUGGAACAGUUUGAACAGGAAGUGAAAGUGUCUCUACAAAACCUUGGACUGUCACUGGUCAACAACAGCAACCGACAGGAGAUCGCUUACGUGGGCAUCACCAGCUCAGGUGUCGUGUGGGAGAUGAAACCGAAGAAUCGCUGGAAGCCAUUCAGUCAGAAGAACAUCAACCUUCUGGAGAAAACCUACCAGAGUCAGCUGAGCGGGAAGGCGGCAGGGGGCUGGGUCAAACUGGAGACAAACCUGGAGGUGAACCUCAGCGGAGCCACCAUGAUGAUGCGUCAGCCAUUUUCCUGCCAGGUGAGAAGGAACUUCCUGUCAGGGAUCCAGGUGGAGUUUAAACAAUCACAACAUCAACGCAGUCUGAGAGCUCAGCUACACUGGCUACAGGUGGACAAUCAGCUCCACGGCGCCAUCUUCCCCAUCGUCUUCCAUCCAGUUCUUCCACCAAAGUCUAUUGCUCUAGAUUCAGAGCCAAAGCCGUUCAUCGAUGUGUCAGUCAUCACCAGGUUCAACCAGCACAGCAGCGUCAUGCAGGUCAAGUACUUCAUGGCUCUGGUUCAGGAGAUGGCGGUGAAGCUCGAUCAGGGUUUCCUGGGAGCCAUCUUUGCUCUGUUAGCGCCCCCUGCAGGGUCUGAUUCUUACAGACAAAAGAGUCGGCUCAUAGAAAAAGAUGUGCAGCUGUUGCAGACUGAGCUGAUGGAGGCGUCACUCAGUGACACGUCAGGACUGAGCUUCUUUGAACAUUUCCACAUCUCACCCAUCAAGCUCCAUCUCAGUCUGUCUCUGGGUUCCAGCGGUGAAGACUCGGCUCAGGAAACAGCAGCUGUUCAGUCUUUGAAUCUUCUGCUGAAAAGUAUCGGGGCGACACUCACUGACGUUGAUGACAUCAUCUUUAAACUGGCGUUCUUUGAGGUGAAAUAUCAGUUUUAUCGCAGAGAGAAGCUGAUGUGGGCGGUGAUUCGACACUACAGUGAACAGUUCCUGAGGCAGAUGUAUGUCCUGGUUCUGGGUCUGGACGUCCUAGGGAACCCAUUUGGACUGAUCCGAGGUCUGUCUGAGGGCGUGGAGGCGUUCUUCUACGAACCUAUUCAGGGUGCUGUUCAGGGUCCUGAAGAGUUUGCUGAAGGUUUUGCGAUCGGCGUCCGCAGCCUGUUGGGUCACACAGUUGGGGGCGCUGCAGGUGUGGUGUCCAGGAUCACAGGCUCUGUGGGUAAAGGUCUGGCCGCCAUCACCAUGGAUAAAGAGUAUCAACAGAAACGUCGGGAGGAGAUGAAUCGACCGCCCAGAGACUUUGGAGAGAGUUUGGCUAAAGGAGGAAAAGGACUGUUGAAGGGUGUUGUGGGCGGAGUCACAGGCAUCGUCACUAAACCCGUGGAAGGAGCUAAGAAGGAGGGGGCUGCUGGUUUCUUCAAAGGCAUCGGUAAAGGUCUGGUGGGCGUGGUUGCGCGGCCGACAGGCGGCAUCGUGGACAUGGCGAGCAGCACGUUCCAGGGCAUCCAGAGAGGUCAUGAAAGAGUGGCAGAGUCGACAGAGGAAGUGUCUAAACUGCGUCCGGUUCGUCUGAUCAGGGAGGACGGCAUCAUUCGACCUUUUGACCUCACUGAGUCUCAGGGCUUCGACCUCUUCCAGAGGUCAGAGGUCAAACAGCUGGAGGGUGAAGUGUUCAGAGGUCACUGUUUGUAUCCUGGACACAAGAAGACCAACAUCAUCAUCACUAACAGGAGAGUCCUGUGUGUGAAGGAGAUUGAGUUUGUGGGUCACUUUAACAAAGAGUGGGAGUGUUUGUUUGAAAACUUCUAUCGUCCUCCGACUGUGACUGGAUCUGAACUGAAGAUCUACUGCAAGGAGCAGCAGAAGUUAAAGUUGCCUAAAAGAGACGAGGAGUCAGUGAGGAAACUUCAGCUACGAGACACCAACACUGCUCAGGCGCUGCAGACGGCCAUAUCAGACGCUCAGGCUGCGCGGCAGCAGCAUCGGAUGGCGAGACAGAAGUCGCAGCGCUUCCUGAAAGUGGAGAACAAACAGUGAGGUCACUUCCUGUCAGUCACAGGUGUCUUUUUUACUGACUUACUGGUGACACGCCCACUCACAUGGAACUGUCCAAUCAGGGCUCACCUGGCAGUUAAACAAUGAAGUUGGUGGACUUUUAUUUUGGAGGGGGGAUCUUAUUAUUGAAAUGAAUUAUGGGAUGGAUGGGCUGUAGUUUUCCUUUCACUUUGAACGAGGGUUAGGGUUAGGGUUACUGACCAUCAUCUGGUCUGUAUGGAAGAGGGGGAUUGUGGGUAAUUUGUCUCAUGUUUAAUAUGAUGAUGAUGAUGAAGCCAUAUAAUUUAUCAAUGACAAUGUUCCACUAAAGUUCAUCUUUGUGUGUGUGUCUCCAUCAAUAACAAUAAAUCAAUAAUCAAUGAAAAUCUCUUCAUAUGUAACAACA